AUGCCCAAGGCUACCAAGAAGAAGAAGGAGAAGGUCGAGGACUUUAAACUCAAGCUUGGCAAGGGCAAGAAGCAGGCAUCAAAUGCGACCGACACAUCCUUCAAGGCGCGAUGCUUGACGCUUGACGAUGUGCUCAUCCAAAUGCGGCACGUGAACGCCGGUGUGAGGAAGGAGUCUCUGAACCACCUGAGAGAAGUUCUGCAGGCUGGCGUGCGGCUAGGUAUUAACUUUGGAGAUCGACACGGUGAGGUCUCCAAGGUUGUGAGGGCUAUCGGAGGCAUGGUGACGGAUGACGCGUUGCACGGCUUCAUCGAGUGGUACAUCGCCCGCCUCCCUCGGACAACAUUGGUCCCUUACCUUCCGUUGCUGGAGCUGCAGAUCGCCUCGGCGCUCAGUCAUAUCUACCCCGCUGUGCGAUUAGAUGCGUGCAAGGUGGUCGAGAUCCUACUGGACACGCACCCGGCUGAGGUGAUCGGGUCGUGGCCGGCACCGAGUGUGAGCAGCAGUGUUGCGGGAUCAGGAUCAGGAUCGACGAUUUUCGAGGGACUGCGACUGGCUGCUGGCCUCGGAGGAGAGAAGGGGGCGAGCACGCAGGGCGGCUUCCGGUUAACGGCGGGCAGCAAACUGGUCAUCCUCCGUGCGAUCCGGACAUUCAUCGCGAAGGCGCUGGAGCCGUUGCUUGCUGCUCCGGAACUGAGCCAUCCGGAGCCGAAGCUUGGCGAGUUCACUCUCCAGAAACUCGAGGUGCUCAGCGCUGCUGGACCGUGGAGCUUGGGCGAGUACGACUGGGCAACGCAGUGGGAAGAGCCGGAUACGAGCUCCGCGGGCGACAUUGCGUCGCCCGAGGCCCUCAACGAGAUUUCUCGAACGUACCUGUCUCUUCACUCCCUGCUGGUCGCAACGUUUAUGGAGGCUGCGCCGAGCGCCUUCUCUGUCUCAUCCACGGCGACGACGGACCAGGUUGCCCUCGAUCUGUGCAGCGUGUGUGUCGACCUCGUGACUGUCUGCGCUCGUGCGCUGCUCGGACAGGCCGACUUCGCCUCCCUGGAUAGUGCAAAGGAGCUCCGCUCCGCCUUCAGCGAGUUCCUUAAGCGCAUGGCUGCGUACUUCCCCUUCGGACGUGGAGAGGGAGCGGCGUCAGCGGCGUCCGACGCCGUGUUCGGCAUGUCGCUGAACUACGCCAAGCUGGCUGUUGCGCUCGCGCCCGUUCCGCCAGCAAUCGCGCCUCAGCCCGUGUGGAAGCGUCGAGUGCGCGCGAUCGACACCGCCUGGCGCGGCGUCAGCAAUAAGAGCGACCCUGCGCUCGCCGCUGCCGCUGACUGGGUCGCAUCGUGCCUCGAGCCGAGCACGGAUGCGCUCGCCCCGCAGCUGUCGCCGACGAGCUACGCCGAGCUGCUUCCCGUCGUUCGAUCCCUGCUCCUUCGCCCAAGUACGGCAGAGCUCGGCACGCAAUUCGUGCACGCGGUCCUGCGUCAACAGUCAGCCAGCGCAAAGCGGCGCGCUAGCGAUGCCUUCCUCGCCUCCCUCUUCCACACGCACGAGGACCGAUGGGGUACGCUUCCCUUCUUCGUUCCGCUCGGCUCUGGUCUGCGCGCAGGAUUCGCAAAGUGGCUUCAGAGCGUGCCGAAGACGCUCUGGGAGCUCGGCAACAAGGACCAGGAGGCGACGGAGCAGCUGCUCCGCUUCCUCCUCGAUCUGGGGCGGAGGGCACCGAACGGGCUCGAGAAGCCGUACUCCCUCGUCGAGGCUGGGGAGCUCGAAGGUCUCGCUGCCAAGCUUGCACCUUUCUUCUGGGUUGCGCAGCGUAGCAUGCUCGGACCCUGGGGACGAUUGGAUGACGGCACGCAGCGACUUGCGCUCGACGUCGCCCGCGUAUGGGCGCCGAUGGACGAGAGGCUCGGCGCGGCCGUUGCUGAGGCGGUCGAAUCACGCCCGUGGGCAACAGAGUACUGGGCUCGGUCAUAG